AUGGCGGAUACAGAAAAUCAAACUUCGGUUGUAACCGCAACGUCUGCGUCUAAUUCACCGCAGGUUUCGUCGUCUCCAAUAAAUAAAAAGGAAAAAAAAGCUAAAAAUCCUAGGACCAAACCAUCUCAUCCACCGACUUCGGAAAUGGUAAACAAUGCGAUCAAAGGUUUAAAGGAACGCGGAGGCUCAUCUUUACAAGCAAUUCAAAAGUACAUUGCUGCCAUUUAUAAAGUUGAUGCAGAAAAAGUAGCGCCAUUCAUCAAAAAAUAUUUGAAAGCAUUCAAAUUAGCUUCGGCAACUUCAUCUGGUGGCAGUCCCACGAAAAAGCCGAAAGCAGCUGCUAGCAGUUCCUCUCCUAAAGCAAGAAAAGCCGCCGCCGCCGCCGUUGUUACCACCUUCUAA